AGGCUAAGAUUUCAGCACGAUGGCCAAGCCGGCCAAGACGUCUCUCAGUGUUCCGCAGAGACGGAGUAGCAAACAGAUCGAUGAACCGAUCGUGCCAGAAGAUGACAAUGACGGCCUUUCUCCCUCUCAUGUACGCAAGGAGGAAGGAUCUAUAGUGUGGGGAUUAGCAAUCUUGGUCCCGUUCGCUGCUAUGAUAGCAUACAUCGCUCUCAUACACCAGCAAACCAAAACAUCUUCUCCGACAUUGGAUCAUCUACAAGGAAUUCUGUUGAUCCCAGGGCUGAUACCCACGUUAGCAUUGACUUCGAUAGCGCCUCUAUUGACCUACCACGUAGUCAAAGCUACCAAGGAUGCAUUCCUGAAAAAAGGCUUCGGGGGCAAAGAUCUGCUCAAAGGCAAUUCAAACAAGAUUCCCGAGUCUUUGGGUCUACCAACAAGUAUAGUGUAUUGUCUUUUGAUGUGCAGCUAUAUUCCUUUUCGUUAUGGAAUGGGUAAAUCGGAUUCUCCUCAACGAACGGCACGCAGUCUUAUCGACAACGCAGACGGAGGAUGGAGCGGAGAUAUGCAUGGGCAAAGAGACUUUCCGCAUCACGAGCUGUCUUCGUAUCUGUCAUCACUCAUGUCCAUCUUAUCAUCGGUACUCCUUGGAUUCAUCGAUGAUGUGUUUGAUAUCAGAUGGAGGCUAAAGAUGCCGAUCCCAUUACUGGCAAGUUUGCCUAUGCUUGUCGUCUAUCAAGCAGGACAUGGAGGAACAUCUGUCGUUGUGCCAGGCUGGCCUACCUUCCUACGAACUUGGCUAGGAGCUCGAGUGAUCACAUUAGGUCCUCUUUACCAUCUUUUCAUCCUGCUUGUAUCGACUUUCAGCGUUCACAGCAUCAACAUUUUGGCCGGCAUCAAUGGAGUGGAAGUAGGUCAAGCUCUCAUUAUCGGAAUCUCUCUCUGUUGCAACGAUGUUCUUUAUUUGGAUCCAAGAGCAGGACAGCCCGGAAGUUUUGCUUCUGUUGAAUUACGGGAUCGACAUCUAUUCAGCUUGGCUUUGCUGCUUCCGUUUUGUGGAUGUUGCGUAGGCCUUUUGACGUGGAACAAAUUUCCUGCUCGAGUAUUCGUUGGCGAUACGUUUUGCUAUUUUGCCGGACAGGUAUUAGCAUGUGCAGGAGUGCUGGGGCAUUUCUCAAAGACAUUGCUGCUCUUCUUUGUUCCGCAAUUGAUCAAUUUUGCUUUGAGCUUACCGCAAUUGUUUGGCCUUGUUCCUUGUCCUCGUCAUCGAGUGCCUAAUGUGGAUCUGGAAACAAUGUCCCUUCAUCCUUCGAUCGCACUAUUUACCGAAGAGAGACCUGCGGGCACCCUGGCUCAGAUAAUUCUCCAAAUUUUCUCAGCCCUGCAUCUGAUCAAAUUGGAAUGGCGAGAAGAGAACAAGAGAAAGGUGCUACACAGCACUACAAAUCUAACGAUCUUGAAUGCAAUCUUGGUCUUUAGGGGAGCCUUGCCGUUGCAGCGUGAUGCUUCGGGUCGAGUGGAAAACGGUCAUGAGAAGCAGGCUACACACAAAGUACAAAUAUCCGAAAGGGGUCUUUGGUGGCAUGUGAUGCUAUUUCAAGCUUUCUGUAGCUCUGUAGCAUUCGCAGUACGAUAUUGGAUAGCGGCUAUCGUAUUCCCUCAAUAGGACAAAAAAUCAUAAUGAUGUAUUAUUAAACCCAACAGUGAUAUCUGCCCCUAUUGCUUCGAUAAUUCGCUUCCCAAUUUAUAAUUCAAUACCUUAUCCCAAUCAAUCUUUUGCCGUGUCAUCGGUAAUUGCCUUCUCAAUGCACGGAAAGCUCCUUCGCUCAAAUCUGAAGAUUGUUUGAACAGCUCUUGUUGAUA